AUGGAUGAAUGUAAACAACGAAUCCACAGUAGUGUGAAUAUCGAAGAUUCCAAAACAUUCAUCUUCACACAAGAGAUGGCCUAUCAAAAAUGUUUACAGCGAAAAACACACUGCACCGAAAAGAAAGCACGACAGAUCAUCUCUAAGCUGGAAAACAAGGUAUCGAACACUCCAACCUACAACGAAAAUGCAAUCUAUAAUGCCACUAAACAACAGCUACCACCAGAUACAAAAAUCUUGCUAAGCCUGGGUCCAAAAUUCACUCUUCCUCACAUCACCAUAAGCCAACUUCCCAUAUACCACCUAAUAGCGGAUGUGGAAUCAAUAAUACGAUCAAACCCCGAUAAAACAACACAAAAUCAAACCAGAUGCCUAGUAGCAAACACCAUCCAAAAUCAUAUCCACGACAUGAAAUCUAGAAGACAAAACGACCCCCUAACACGAUUCUGCACAACCGCAGUAAAAACCACCCGAAACUUUAUUAAAGAAAAUCCAACUAUACGCGUUAUGCCUGCUGAUAAAGGGAAUCGAACGGUAAUAAUGGACAUCGACGAUUACAAGACUAAAAUGAACGAGCUACUGCUGGAUACCAACACCUACAAGCAAAUCACCAGAGACCCGACAUCUAGAUACCAAACCAUGAACAACAGAAUAGUACAACGCCUAUAUGACUUGAAACUGGUCGAUAAAAACGAAUACUACUCUCUAAAAACAAACACUGCCACCUGCCCCAGAAUAUACGGCCAGCCCAAAGCACACAAACCGAACCUACCACUCCGCCCCGUUAUACCCAACAUGACCGCUCCAUCGUACGCACUCUCGAAAUAUAUAUGCAAAAUACUACAAGCAUCCAUCAAAAGCAACUACAGUGUAACAGAUUCGUUUGCUUUCUGCCGGUUUAUCAACUCAAUUACACUACCACAAAACUACGAGAUGAUCUCUCUGGACGUGAUCUCUCUAUUUACAAACAUCCCACAGGAACUAGUAACGAAAGGGAUUAUAGAUCAUUGGCAACACAUCAGAUCAAAUACCAAUAUCUGCUUAGACAUUUUCCUAGAGAUGGUCAAUUUCUGCAUGGAUUGCAGCUACUUUCAAUUUGACAACAAAUACUACCAUCAAAUAAAAGGAACGGCUAUGGGAAAUCCGCUCUCCCCUAUACUAGCCGAAAUUGUUAUUGACACACUAAUCGAUACAGUAAUGAGCACAAUACACAUAUCGAUACCAGUUGUUAAAAAAUAUGUCGACGAUCUACUUCUUACAGUUCCGCACGGCAAGAUGUCAGAGGUUCUAAACUCAUUUAAUAGUUACCACCCAAUGCUUCAAUUCACAGCCGAAGCAGAGAAAGACUGCCAGUUGCCAUACCUAGACAUGCUACUCAUACGGAAAAACGACCAAACCAUACAGACCCAAUGGUACACCAAAAGCAUAUCCUCCGGAAGACUGAUCAACUACCACUCGUUCCACCCACUCAGUCAAAAAAUGAACACCGCUAUUAAUUUCAUCACCCGUGUCGACAGACUCUCUACAAACUAUACCAACGCUGAAAAAUACUCAAUCAUACAAUCACACCUGAAACGCAAUGACUACCCAAUCAAGCUGAUCAACCGAUGUUGGAACCGCUACGUCAACCAAAGCAACCGGAGCUCCGAGAAACCACCACCACCAAGCCCACCACCAAGCCCACCACCGCCACCACCGCCGCCACCGCCACCACCGCCACCACCACCGAACACACCAUGUAAAUCCAGCAAUACAACGACGUCCAACGAACAGCCAGCCAUCCAUAGACCAUCGCCUACCCAGACAGCAUCAUCACCAGAAGAUCGAGAAAGCCAAAUACCAUCUAACCAGCAACCAUUUCUAGUAAAGCAACCCACACAACUUUACAGAUCAAUCCCACACAUAGCAGACUUAUCACCUCGAAUUGCCAAAAUUCUCAAAAGAGAACUUGGUGAUAUCAAAAUUGCAUACUCAAACACCAAUAAUCUAAGUGCUCUCCUCCCACCAAUUAAAGACACUCUCCCAACACUAAUGCAACACAACGUCAUUUACAGUACCAAAUGUAGAGAAUAUAGCAACGGUGAAAACAGUUAG